AAAAGAUGGUAACCAGUUUGUAUCAGUCCCUGAACACAGCAACACUGGUAUGAUUUAUCAACAAUUUAUAAAUAAAUAAUAUUGUUUUUAAUAAUAGCAACGCGAGAUAGUUGUAACGUGUCCACACCGAGAAUGAGUACAGUGCGAAAUAAUGGAGAAGCGCAAAAUUGAGGGUUUAUUGAGAUAAAUCGGAGAACAAGUGUUGUUAAGUUCCUCUUUAAGUGCAUCCUUCGGGAAAAGGACCCGGUUGAAAAAUGUGCCAAAUUAGCGGGAUGUUUACAGUGGUUAAAACUCUCACUUUGAUUAAUUUUCUGUGCGCAAUCCAGUCCGGCAUCUGCCAGGAGCCGAAAGAUGAAGGGGAUAGUUGCCAAAAGCUGGGUUUACCGGGCAUUUGCAAAAAAGUUCGAGAUUGUGCGGUGGCUAAGGAACAAAUACGAGAAAAAUUCCGCCACGAUCUCCUCCGGUGUAGUUUCAUUGGAACAGAAGAGGUAGUGUGCUGUCCAGAUUUAACAUUCAGACACCCGCAAAUAGAAGCAACCACCCUCGAUUCUUCGAUCAUUUGGACGGAGGAAGCCAGAAUAGAUGUAAAGAACGACAAAAACCCGCCUAAUACCACGAAAAAACCGGUUAAUAAGCGAAUAUCUGAAAAAAUGUGCGAGAAAAUAUACAAAGAUAACAACAUACGGCGCAAAUUCAACUACAACAUCUUAGGUGGUGAAGAUGCUCAAAUUGGAGAGUUUCCACACAUGGCAGCAAUAGGAUUCAAAACGGGGUUUGACGAGAUCGAUUUUGCAAAAUGUGGGGCAUCGUUGAUAUCAUCCCGAUUCCUUUUAACAGCAGCACAUUGCUUUAUUUGUCCAGGGUGUAGCACUGAUGAUGCUGUUAAAAUUCGAGUGGGUGUAGUGGAUAUAAGCGCAAACCAGUCAGCCCAAGAUAGAGAUAUAAAAAAUAUAACUAUUCACGAAAAUUACAACUACAAUUCAAAACAUAACGACAUUGCAAUAAUCGAGUUACACGACGACGUUCAAAUGUCCAAAAUCGUUUAUCCGGCAUGUCUGCACCAAACUCCCGACGAUCCCUUAGGAUUGGUCGUAACCGGAUGGGGAUUAACUGACCCGAGCAAUACGAACUCGCGAUCUAAACUAUUACAAGUUGCCAAGUUGCAAGCCGUUCCAAUAAAUACAUGCAACGACACUGUGCUGGCGAGACAACGAUUCACCAAAAAAGUUAUCGUAGAAUCGCAAAUUUGUGCAAUUUCAAAUAGCUCGAAUUUAUCCACAAGGCAGGACGCUUGUCAGGGAGAUUCCGGCUCGCCCCUUCAGUUAGAAAGUCGAGCUGGUGGUUACGACAUAGUGGGAAUCGUUUCUUAUGGAGACGGUUGUGGGGCGAGCGUGCCUGGAAUAUACACCAGAGUGUCGGCAUUUCUGGAUUGGAUCGAACAACAUGUGUGGGCGAAUGUUGAAUAAAGACUAUCUCAGAAAUAAAAAAAA